AUGGGAUCUACUCAUAGUCGGCAGCUACCGCGACCUCGACCUGCAAAGGGGCCCGUGCACAUCAACGAGGCUUUCACAAGACAUGGACAAGCUCUUGUGCUCAGCUUGGACGCUCUUCGAAGCAAGAAUCCCUUCAAAAAUGCUGGCCACGCAGCCACAGUCACCGUGCGUUUACCUUUGCGCAUUGAAGUUUGCGCGCUCAGGUCGGCUCAGCAAGAGUCUUGUUUGCUUCCGUAGGACCGCCUCACUGGCGAGGUGAUCUUUCACGUGUCAGCAAAGUAUGGAGGUCGUCAGAGUAAGUCGAGGCUGGCUUACUAUUUCAGGAUGCCGACUCAGCUUGCUUAAAAGGAGCGCCGUCUCCUUCCUAGUGAUCACUUCGCGCGAUGGCAAACCCCUUCUGAGCCUUGAUGUUGAACACCGAGCUUUCGCCUCGACCAAAAUAACCGCUUAUCUGGCCGGAGAGAGUCAAGAAACCAAUCCAGUCUUGGUCGCAAAGCCCAUCGAUUCUUCGCGAAAGGUUCUGCAGGUGAUGGUGUCGAACCGAGCUUCGGACAAUGGCCAGGUCCAAUUCAUCAUAGACUGCAAACGGGUGAGCGAGGUUUCUUCGCCAAUCCGUAGCCAUGCGAGGCUCACGUAUGCUUUGGCAAUUCGGGCGACGGUGUCGAUAGUCCGGAAGACAACGUGGAGGUUCGUUGACCAUGAAUGGGGUGCUAAUUGACUACGUGUCCUACGACAAGAAAGUAGAUCGCAGUGUCUCCUUCACGGUGCCACUCGGUGCAGACGCUUUGCUCUUUGCAGCGAUGAUGUGCUGCCUGGUGAGAGUCUUUCCCAGCGCAACCAUAUUGAACCGCAAUCAUCUGACAAUAGUCAAACUUCUCUGAUAUUACCGGUCCCUUGCUGCCCAAUCAUACAGAGUCGGAUGUUCAUGGAGCGAGAUCGAGCUCGACGUAGAUCUGCCGCUGCCGGAGCAGGUGGAGCGGGAGCGGGAGCGGGAGCAGGUGGAGGCGGUGGGUGUUGA